AUGGCCCAGUCCACCGAUGCUUCGCAGAACGUGACUCCUCACGAUCCCUUUCAGUCCCCCGAGUUCUCGAGGGCGCCGUCCAGCUUCAGUCAUAACUCGUACGGUGUCGGCCGGUCUGCGCCUCCAGCUCCUCGCUACUUCCACUCUCGCCGUGUCAGGAAGGAGGACGUUGAGAAGCCCUGGCUCGAGAAGAAGGACCCCAAGGAGAAGUGGGUGACGAUCCUGCCUUGUAUUGGCCUUGGUCUCGGCAUUGCUCUCUCUGGCUUCCUCGUCUGGGAUGGUAUCCGCAGUGUCGUCAAGAACAACUACUGCCCUGUUCUUGAUGACAACUUCUCUGGCGGCCUCAACCGCGACGUGUGGAUGGAAGAAGUCCAAGUCGGCGGCUUUGGCAAUGGCGAGUUCGAGCAGACCACCAACACUGGCGAGAACGUCUACGUCGAGAACGGCCAUCUCUUCAUCAAGCCGACCCUCCAGGAUCCUGCUUUGAUGGAGACCAACAACGUAAUCAACCUGCUCGACCAGGGUAUCUGCACGUCAACCAACUACUAUGACUGCGUUGCCGCUACCAACACCACUGCUGGCAACUCCAGUGUUGUCCCCCCCACCAAGUCUGGUCGCCUCAUCACCAAGCCCACCAACGGGCGGAAGGGCGUGUCCAUCAAGUACGGCCGUGUCGAGGUCACUGCCAAGCUGCCCAAGGGCGACUGGCUCUGGCCCGCCAUCUGGAUGAUGCCUGUCGACGACACGUAUGGCCCCUGGCCUGCCUCUGGCGAGAUUGACAUUGUCGAGGCCCGUGGCAACAACUACACCUACGAGCAGGGCGGCAACAACAUUGCCUCAAGCGCUCUCCACUGGGGCCCAGAUGUUGCCAACGACGCCUGGUGGCGCACCAACGUCAAGCGUCCGGCCCUGCACACCACGUACAGCGCCGGCUUCAACACGUUUGGCCUCGAGUGGUCCGAGAAGUACCUCUUCACCUAUGUCAACUCGCGCCUGCUGCAGGUUCUGUACACCAACUUUGACGACUACCUCUUUGACCGCGGCGGCUUCCCCAACGCCAACUCGAACGGCACCUUCCUGCAGAACCCGUGGGCCAAGUCGCCCAACAAGAACGCCCCCUUUGACCAGCGCUUCUUCCUGAUCCUCAACGUCGCCGUGGGCGGCACCAACGGCUGGUUCCAGGACUCCAAGAGCGGCAAGCCGUGGCUCGACGGCUCUCCCAACGCCAAGAAGGACUUCUGGAACGCCCGCGACACGUGGCUGCCCACCUGGACCCAGCCGGCCAUGGAGAUCUCCAGUGUCAAGAUCUGGCAGCAGUGCAACGGAAACGAGGAUUUGUAA